AUGAGCAACAACACAAGCUGGUUCAAACUGCCAUCCUUCCUGCGAAAGCAAUCUAAAUCCGCCACUACAAUGCAAGCAGCACCACAGGAUAUGUCCAAUGAAAAGGCCAUACCCACUACAUUUGUCUCGUGGACACCCAAACUUCCAUCCAAGAAAUCAAACACCAGUCUAAAUGAAGCUGCAUCCGCCAUCCACACGACACAUACCACAUCUCCUGUUCCACAUCAUCCUCUGGAAGUAUCAGAUCUGGCGGAACAGCAUACAAACAGCAUUGAUAGUUGUAUCCAUAAUAAAGACAUUGUGCCACUGCGUCAAUUCUUGCGUUACAGCAUGAACCGCUCCGAUCAACGCAACUUCCAACGACGUCGACUCAUGCAUCCUGCUACUCCAAAGUAUGAAAUUGAGUGGCAAAAGAAUCAAUGGCUUCUAUUAGACGACUCUACCAACAAACAAAUUGAACACCUUUGCAAAAAUGGCUUUACUAAAAUCGCCAUACGCAAAGAUACCUGUCUCAAAAAGCACAUUUCUUACAACAAUCCAAGCGACAUUGAUGUAUUGCUUGAAUUGUCCUUUGGCAUUUGUGAUAAAUCCACCACCAUCUCGCAAGACGAUGAGCAACAACACGAGCCCAUUGUCUGCCAUCAACCUAGGAAAUUCUCGGUACGCCGUACGCAAUGGUGGCGAACAACAUAUCAUGUUGCUGAAGCCCACUUACCAGAUUGGGUUGAUCCUGAUCUCUGCUGUGAUGCUGUGAUGAUGGAUGCUCCUUCCGUCUUGGCUGCAAUGACUGAUAAUUAUAGCAGAUCGUCUCUGUCUUCUUCUGUACACUACCAACCUAAAAUGCCUGACACACCUAUCGUUUCUCAAAAGUCUUCCUUUUUACAUUUGCACCAACAUCAGCAACUCGAAGAUCAAUGGUCCUACAAGCCAUUACAAUACAGCAAUCCACCAUUUCUCAUGGACAAGCCUGCUCUCGUUAUAGGUUGA